AGCGGGUCAGCCGGACAAUGGUUACCCCGGGAGAGCGUCUUUGGCCCCCGGUCAAUUCAUUCGAUCGGCGCGCUGGUGGUCGUGCUUGGUCAAUUACCUAUAACGUCAAAAUUGCACGAGUAGUUGAGACUGCAGUUUCACUUGUACAGUCUUGGAACACGAAGGGCGUACCCUGAAUUUGUGAACCGGGAAUAAACAUCAAAGCAAUAUCUUUGAUUUUAACCGUUGCCCGGAGAUGAAGCAGUGACUGAUGUUUUGAUUUGGAGAUGAGAGGUUUCACUCUGUCACGCGGACAGUUCCACCCAGGCAUGGCAUCCUUCAUUAUUAACAAGCACUCGUAAUGGACUGAGUACCUGCCCAGACAGAUUGCAUUAUUAAAAACAGACGACAACCUCUUGAUUUAUCAAACUCGGAGGCCAACGAGUCGACAAUGUCUGAUGUUGGGGAGGCUAAACCGUCCCGUUGCAGGCACUCACACGGUGAGGAGGAUGAGAGCACGAGCAGGAAGACCGACCAGAGUAAGGGGGUUCGAAAGCCCUCAAAGACGCCCUCCCAGGCAAGCUCCGUGAGGUUCAACAAUUCCCAAAAGGAUCCGGGCUCCCAGGUUUCUGUGCCGCUCUCGCACAGUGACAGGAGGUCGUCUGGUACCUCAGAGGUAGCCUCAGUGACAACCAAAGAUUCUAUCAAUGAGGCAUCGGAACCAGAAAACCUCUCCAUUGAUGAUGAGGCGGCCGAGAGAGCCUCACUGAGGUCCUCUGGCAGUACGAGGUCCGUGUCGGGGAACCUCACAUCAGAGAGGGCCCCGUCAGUGGACUACUCAACAGAUCUAGAUCUUUCGCAAAGUGCCUCGUCACUCAGAGGAGGUUCCGACAAUAGAAGCAUGGGAGGCGUCUCCGAUCUCUCCAAAAGAAGUGCACCCAGUGAGGUAUCAGGUAAGAGCCUCAAGGCCUCAAAGAGUGAUUAUAACGUUUCUGAGGAUGGAAGUAGACAUUACCCGAAUCAAGGUGCAAGUGAGAAAUACGAACCAUCUGAGAACGGAACGAGUGAAGUAUCUAAGGAUCCGGAGGUUACAGCUGAUGAGGUUCCUCGGGGGGAAACCAACACGGCCGCCGUCUUUACCUCCUUCAUCCAAGCCUUACGUGAGGAGACGCAGCGCCUAGAGAACACCGAGAAUCUUAGAAAGUUCGAGAGUUCCCACGUCCGAGGGAUCCUGGGCGAGCUGACGGACACGCUACGAGACAGUGAGGAUCAGAGCCUGAGGCUCUAUGAGGGGAUUGAGGCGAUCCGUGAGGCAGCGCAGGGACUGAAGAGAACCCUGGAGGCGCGGCUGAACCGAUCAACUGAUGCUGAGGCUGAGGUGAUGAUGGAGGGACAAGAAAACACAGAUAAUAAAAAGGCUCAUUCGAGGGCAGUCGCCGCCGUUUCAGCUGCUAAGGCGUUACUGGCCGAGGUAGCACUCGACGUGACGGAGGCUGCCAAGAUGGCCGCCGAGGCGGAGACGGCUGCGGCGGAGGCAGCGGCUGCGGCUGAGGAGGUGGUCGAGGAGAUUGGAGAGAUCGAAGACAGGCUUGAUGAGGUUGAAGAUGGGGAAGUGGAGGAGCAGGAGGAGGAAGAGAAGGAGAUACCGGUAGGGGAGGACGCAGGGAGGCAGAAAGAUGAAGAGGAUCGUGAAGCAAGUGAUGAUGACGAUGAUGCAGGACAGUCUGGGGAGGAUGCCCAUUCACAUACCUCCUCUCGCCUUGAAGACGACAAUGAAGAUUUACAGACCAAGGAAGAUGGAGAAUCGGAUAGGGAGGAUGAAGACAGGGAAGAGGAUGUUGCACAAGAGGAGACUGAGAAAACAGACGAGAGAAAGGCGGAGACUCCUAAACCGCCGGAAUCGCCAAAGAGGAGGAGGAGUAUUAAAGACAACGUCAUGGAAUGGCCCUAUCACAUAUUGAAUCUUCCAGACGAUGACGUCACGGACGACGAAAUCGGCUGCGUAGUCCGCUACAAGGCCGAGUACUUCACAUCCUCGAGCCCAGACUUCUGCUGCGUGGUCAACAACCACAUGAGCGUGGACGCGGUUGGGGACAGCGAAGAGUUGGUCAGCCACGUUGUGAGCGUAGAACACGUCGAGGACUCCCCGGGGGGAGAGCUGGAAGCCCCCAUCGUGGUGGCCGUCCCGUACGGUGUCAGUCCACGCAUGAUGAGUACCAGGGAAUUCGUGGUCAAGUUUAAGAGUGGGAACGAGGAUGAGUGGAAGGUUGUCCCUAUGCUGGCAACGGAUAGCUCGUUUGCAGAACACAAGGGUCCUUUCGCCGAGGUUCGCACGAACCAGCUCGGCUCCUUCGCAGUCAUCGCCCGCCUCAUCAAGGACCGACAGACCAUCACCAAAAAGGGAGGCGUAGUCAAAUCCUCCUCCGAUCACCGCAUGAACGUCGCGUACCCUCCCGGAGUCUGUAGUCUCAUGAGCGUCACACUGCAGGUUCAACCGGCAGAGCAAGCGGUGAGUGAUCUUCGAGCGCGCAUGCGCCACUGCUCAGACCUCAUCGCCGCAAGUCCGAUCAUCACCCUAACCCACUCCUCCAACAAGCCCUUCGAGAAGCCUGUGACAGUCACCAUCCCCUGCCCUCCAAACCCGCUCAAAGUCCCGGCAGCUGGUGGUGUGAGCUCCGCUAACUCCCCGUCGAAACCCGCGGAGAAGCAAGCCCCGCUGUCACCGGACGGAGCAGUCAUCAUACGGGGGACCAAGAGCAGUAUCUUCGGCGGAGACCCAGCAAACGACACGCUGCAUCUGAUGCACCGGCAAUCUAAUUGGAACUACUGGAACGAGGUGGAGAAUGCGCAGUUCAAGCAGGUCCGCAAGGAUCUGGUGUCAAUCGAGUUGGAUAGACCCAUGGACAAGCUCCUCAUCCUUCGCAUGACCUCAGACGGACGCUACCCAGCCAAGAACGUCGCCCAGACCUUCGAGAGAGCCCUCCAGAUCAAAUACGCAAGCAUCAUCCUCCAUCAUCGAGUAGACGACCCACAGCGCGUGGUGGUGCAGUGCGUGCCGGCAAGACAGCUGGAUAGUGCCCUCAGACGGCUGAGCCAGGAUGGGUAUGAAGGACCACCGGAUCCCAGCGUAGAUGUACCCAUGUCGGAGGGACAAGAGAUAACUUUGAAGUUCAGCGGCAACAUCAAGAUCGUGGGCCGCGACCAAAUCACCUUCACCUUCCAUUCCCAUCGCAGGAACAUGGUCGAGUUCCUCAUCGAGGAGACCAACAAGUUCGGCAACCACAGCUCGGACGAGUACCGUGGAAUGGCCGAGUUUUACGGCACGCCGCGCAUCACGCUCGCUGACAUGGAAGAUCCGGAGGAGGUCCUUCUUCGAGAGGCUGAAGCCAAGGCAGCCGAGAAGGAGAACAAGCGCUCCGGAGCAUCCAUGCUGACCAAGGCGGAGAAGAAGAAACAAGAGGGACUGGACGGAGGUGGCAGGGACUACCAGAGUCUCCGGAAAGUAGAGUCGGAUCUCAUCUGUAAAUUGUCGGUCUUGUUACCAAAGGCCGAGCCGGACCCUCCACUACCUCCCAGCCGAUACCGUGCCACCGCCAUCGACGCUGGAGGUUUUGUGAGCAACGCCAAUCUUCGUUGGUUAUCCUCGGAGCUUGGUAAUGAGUGGGAAUCUUUAGCUACUGUGCUGGGAAUCAAGAGAAGCCGACUGCAGAGCAUCAAACGGAACAACCCCAUCAAGGUGGAGCAUCAAGUGCUGGACAUGUUGGUAACAUGGCGGAGUAUGCUACCACGAGCCUACGACAAGGAGAGGAAACUCUGCCGGGCGCUGGUGCGAUGUGGACGGUACGACCUGGCCGAGGAAUUGAAGGAACGCGACGCUAGCAACACGGAGAUCAAUCACAUCGCUCAUAAUAACAAUCUCAACGUGCUUGAUAUGGAUGAAUACUAGGAGUUUGGGUAGAGAGAGAAAGGAUAAGGAAAGGGUUGGCGUCUACAAAACAAUAGAGGGCGCUAGUAAUUAAUUGUAUGGGUAAAUUGCACGUUGUGUACAGCUCUCUGCAAUUGCAUCGAUUAUUUUUUUCAAAAUGCACUUAAAAAAAAACAUGGUUUAAAAAAAACUCACAUCCAUAUUACCGCAUAAUAACCUUUUCCCAGGCAUCAUCACAGCGCCCCCAAUCGAUUAGGCAGGAGAGGCUGUUUGGUAGACUAGUUACAAGUCCUUUCUUUAUUGAUUUAUGAUGAGUUUUUUGGGGUGUGAAGAGGAAGGCAGUUCGGGGUUCGUCGCGGGGUAUUUUGGUGGGGAGGGUACUUUUUCUUGGGUAAUUCAAUUCAUGCCUUAUAAACAGAGAGAUAGCUUAUAUAAAAUGAGUUGAACUGUUAAAGUUGUUUUUAAAGCACCUAUCUACACAUACAAGAUUACAUGCAACUAACAGAGUUCAACCAAUGUUUUUUAAAACAAAUUUCAUCGAUACUCGUGAAAAUGCACGAUUUUACGCACCUUCACUUUGACCUACGCACAGUCAUUGGUGUUACUUUGAUGCAACUACAUGUAAUAAUAUUUUGUACUUCAAUAUUCGUAAUUUGUAAAGUAAUUUUGUUCAUAACUUGUUGCAAUAUUAUGACAACCAAAUAAAUUAUGCACUUAUUAUUUAAUGUUAAUCACACAUUUUCACAAACCCAUUUUAUGUUCAAAUCUUUGUACGAGUUUUAAUUUUUUUUUGCAUCAUAUAAUAAAAUCAGCAAAUUUACCACA